CUUGAUGGUGUGUGAAACAACACAUUUGAUUCUGUCGUCGGCCUACUCCCCUCUCCCUUAUCGGCCCACAAUUCCCCACCUUUGCUUUUCCUUAUCUCUGAUAUGCCGUUUGACAAGUUGCAGAGAACUCUAUCAUUGAUGUUGCUGAGACGGCAGUUCCGCUGGCCCACACGCCGCACCGCCGCCUUUGGAAUUUUGGCUCUGCUAGUGGUCUCCAGUCUCUCGUGGUACCUUGGUGGUGAUGGUCUCAACCCCGUGCAUGAGCAACUAUCCAGAUACACGACCACUUAUGACAAUGCAACGAAUGAGAUUGGCUUGGUACUAGCAGCGAGGAAGCACGAAGAUCUAAAUUGGGUGCUGGGAUAUUGUAGGGAUCACGGGACAAUUCCAUUUGUCUACACCACUGAUGCCAACCCGGCGCCUCAUCUUUUGACUCCGCGUACGAUUCGUGGUCGCGAGGCCACCGCCUACCUCUCCUUUAUCAUCGACUAUUACGACAGACUGCCAAGUUACACCUUCUUCGUACAUUCCGAUCAUGACCAGUGGCAUAAUGACCUCUUUGGCCCCCAUACUGGGCCCAUCCUGCGCAAUCUCCGCUUGGAGGCUGUCGAUGCGCGAGGUUAUCUUAAUCUUCGAUGUGAGCAUGAGCCCGGCUGUCCGACAAGUGUUCAGCCGUGGAGCCCGUCAAACCUCGAUAAACAAAACCGUGAUAUCCGCGCCUAUUUUGCCGAGGUAUACCAAAUCCUGUUUGAUGUUCCUGCCGACCAAGUUCCAGAGCAGAUUGGAAAUGUCUGUUGUGCUCAAUUUGCUGUUAGCCGGGCGCGAAUUCUUCAACGGCCCCGAUCAGACUACGAGCGCAUGUUACGCUGGGCGGAUGAAACAAAGCUGACAGACAGUUUUGGAGUUGGAUGGGUAUUCGAAAAGAUUUGGCACAUCAUCUUCGGAAUGGAGGCUAUAUAGUGAGUGAUGCACGCACGCAUAUUAGAAUUGGUUCCAGGUGAAACAGAGUAACAUGCUUGGCUAAGCUGAUAUCUAGUUGCCCUCGAUAUGAACAAUGUCGGUGCGACGCGUAUGGUUGGUGUGGACCUUUGGUAUCGGGUGAGACUCUAACAGCUGUGUGAGCAAAU